AUGAGAUGGGGUGUUGGCUUCGAUGGUGGGAAUUUCAAUGCUGCUUCCAGUGACAUCGGUGGUGAUAAAUUUUCCACUAGUGGUUCAGACGGAUUCGGAGGUAACCAAAUGGGAUUUGGUGGUGGUAAUGUUGGAUAUGGUAACACUGGUGGCGUUGGUAGUGGUUAUGGAGGCCAAGGAAGUUAUGGUGGUGGCAACAAGUAUGGUGCUGGUGGUAGCUACAGAAGCAACUCUGAUCAAUCUGGUCCAAACAAGUAUGAUGGUGGGUUCAAUGCUCCCGCUAGCGACAUUGGUGGUGAUAGUUUUUCCACCAGUGGUUCAGCUGGAUUCGGUAGCAGUAAUGUUGGAUAUGAGAAGACUGGUGGUUAUGGCCAAGGAAGUUAUGGUGGUGGUAACAAGUAUGGCACUGGUGGUAGCUACGGAAGCAAUUCUGAUCAAUCUGGUUCAAACAAGUAUGAUGGUGGGAAUCUCAAUGCUGUCGCUUGUGACAGUUUUCCCACCAGUGGAUCUGGCGGUAAUGUUGGAUAUGGUAAAACUGGUGGAGGUGGUAGUGGCUAUGGAGGCCUAGGAAGUUAUGGUGGUGGUAACAAGUAUGGCACCGGUGGCAGCUACGGAAGCAGUUCUGAUCAAUCUGGUCCAAACAAGUACGAUGGUGGGAAUUUCAAUGCCGCUGCCCAGUGGCAUCGGCGGUGGUAUUUUGCCACCAGUGGUUCAGCUGGAUUCGGUGGCGGUGGAGAUAUCGGGUUCAAAGUAGAAACAGAGAUUAUGUGGGGAAUGAUGCACGGACUGAAAACAGAAGAGAUGAAGAAGAGUACGAAACUGUCGACUUUGCCAAAGGGGCAUGAACUUUGA